CAUCGUGCAUUCACUCCAUCCACCCUCUCGCAUUCCAGCCUCCCGCCAGGCCUUUCCAAGCCAAACCAAACCAAGCCCCCGUCCUGCUCCACCGGUUCCUUCAUGAUCAUCAUGGAAAGCUCGGCUUCCCAGGCUCUCAUCAACCUCUCGCACCUCAGCCAGCAGCCGGACUCGCAGCCCUCGGCCGAUUCGCCUGCGCCCGAGGUCCCUGUCGAUUCUCAGGCUCUGCCUACAACGCCACCGCCCUCGCUCCUGCUCGAGGCCAUCACAGCCGAGCAUGCCCGCCAGCUGCUCAUCAGCCAGAUGGCUCCCCACGUCAACACCGAGGCCGUCUCCUUUCUGUUCGAUGCCGGGUACGAGACCAUCGAGUCCGUUCGCUCCCUCAACAUCAACCUGAACGACCCCCACAACGACAUCAGCGCAGCCGAGAUCUACACCAAGCGAACCCUCAAGCCUGGCUACCGCAAGCAAAUCAUCCAGUUCGUCGCCAACCACAACCCGCACUACCACUCGCUGGUCUUUGACCAUGCCCAGCAGCUGCUUGGUCUGUCGCCCCCGGGCUCAUCGCCGUCGCGCAAGCGCAGACGCACCGAGACUGAUGUCGGCUCCGAUGACAGCUCGCAGCAGGUCCUCCAGAGCUACGACCUCAACACACUUCUCCUUGAUCUCGAGCGCCAUCUCAAUGAAUCUCCCGUCACGCGCCAUCUGCGCAAAGACAUUGACUACCACGUCGGCAUCGAGCAAGCUCGCCUUGAUCGUGGGCCGGAGGGCAUCUGGAAGUGCCUGAUCUGCAGCUCACGCCCCGUCACGAUCUCGCUGCGAAACGGCGGUCGCCAGCCACAGCUCUCGAAUGUCGGUACUCACCUCAAGACCAUCAAGCACACUCACGCCCUCAACAGCCGACAGGCACACUUUGCCGAUGGAACAGCGGCUGUCUCUGCUGCCGCGGCUAUGGCUGCCGCCGCUGUUGCUGCCCAGCAACAAGAGUUCAACGCCGACGAAAGCACUGUGACUGUCGCAAAUUCGGUCCACACCGACCACGCACAGGUCGAUGACUUUACCGAAGCCGAUGCCAACCAGGCGCUGGUCGACCACCGACAGGAUAUUUGACCCGCCGUUGACGGACGUCUCUCUCUGGCACUGUCUGUCGCCGUCUUCGAAGAUUCCUUUGCCAAGCUAGAUGUCUCUGCAAAUGCCGUGAUGUGACAGACUCUCCGGAUAGUGGGUUUCUUUAGAUUUGAGGCUUGCCCUUCCCUUGUUUUCUUGGCUGCCGAUGGUCCUCA